GCACAGCCUCUGGCUUCACGUCGAAGUCCGUCCCUCACGAGUGAAGCACAAUGUGGUCUACCCUCCUCAGCUUGGCCGCCGCUGGUCAUGCUUCCGCGUCCAUCGUGGACAGAGGACGGGUUGUCGAGCUUGGAGGACUGUCAUACUACACUGGUGGCAUCCCGAUUGCCCGGGUUGAUGUCAACGACACCCGAGCAGGGCUCGCCAGCAUUCGCCAAGACUUGCUUCCCCUGACCGUCAUCGAGACACCAUCAAAGGACAUCAGCGCUGAGGAUAUCGUCAAUAUCACUGCUCAGUAUGAUGAGCUGGACGACGUGUUCCAGCCGGCCUUCCUCCAGGCGGUGUACCUUCAAAUCACUGGCGACAAAGCAGGAUCUCACAUUGACGCCCAGUCCAUCAAAUCGAGUUUAAACCACUUCGACGUUGAGCUUGUGAUCACCCCUGGCACGAUCACCCCAGCAAUCCCAAAGGGCCCUUACUUUGUCUCGCCUUUCACCGGGGAAGUCUACAAAGCUUACAGACUCUACGGUGACGACAACCUUGCCUUUAUACAAGGCGUAAUCAGCGAUGGGCAUGGCGGCUACACGUCGCUUCCAGCUGUGACGGAGAACGUCAUGGCCAAGAGUAUCGCUGUGCCAUCAAGGCUAUACUACACGCCCACUAAGGAGCAGCCCCUUGCUGGUCUUCGCUUUGGCGUCAAGGACAUCUUUCACGUAAAGGGCCUCGCCACCAGCGCCGGAAAUCGAGCAUAUUUCUACCACUAUGGUACACAGAACAACACCGCCCCGGCCGUGCAGCGCCUCAUCGACCUCGGGGCCGUCCUCGUCGGCAAGAUGGGCACCGUUCAGUUCGCGAACGGUGACAGACCUACUGCGGACUGGGUGGACCUCCACGCCCCCUUCAAUCCUCGGGGUGACGGCUACAGCGACCCCAGUGGUUCCUCAACUGGGCCUGGCGCCGGAAUGGGUGCAUACGAGUGGUUGGAUCUUUCCAUGGGCAGUGACACUGGUGGUUCGAUGCGGGGGCCCGCCGGGGCACAGGGCAUUUUUGGCAACAGACCGUCGACUGGUGCUAUCUCACUGGAACAUGUCAUUCCUCUGAGCCCUGUAUCGGAUACAGCUGGCAUCUUUUCCCGUAGCGGAAGUCUCUGGGCACAGGCGACGAAGGCAUACUACCCAAAUCUGCAGUCCAACUGGACCAGCCUCCCGAGCACUCUCUACAGCUCGCCCUCUCUGUCCGACCUAGCGGCAUUGGCUGAAGUGGCCCCCAGCGACACCAUAACGAUGGUACAAACCUUUAUCCAGAAACUAGGCGACCUUCUCGGCACCGAAGCCCUCCCGGGGAACUACUCCCAGCUAUGGUCCGAAACCCGCGGCGACUCCCCGGCCGUGGACGAGAUGCUGAACCUGACCUACGCCGUCUUCAUAUCACACGACCAGUGGAAGCUCCUCGGGAAGCCCUUCUUCGACGACUACGCCGCGAGCAACGGCGGCCGGCAGCCCUACAUCAACCCGGGCCCCUUGUCCCGCUGGAGGUGGGGCCAGACCUACGCCACCGACGAGGUCUACGCCGAGGCCCUGCGCAACAUCUCCACCUUCAAGGAGUGGUACGAGACCGACGGCUACGGCCGCCGCGACCCGGAGUCCUGCUCCGAGAGCGUAUACACGUACCUGUUCCGGACCGGGGACCCCGAGUACCGGGACGAGUACCUCGACGCGCCUACGACGCCCCCACUUGGCAUGGGCGACUCGCGUGUGGCGGUCAUUGCUGGGACCCCUGAGGUGGUUGUCCCGAUUGGCGAGGUACCUUACAACAGCACAAAGUCCAUGCAUGUUGAGUAUCUUCCCGUGUCGAUGGCGGUGAGGGUGGCUAGGGGUUGCGACCAUGUCCUUGCGAGCUUGGUGGCUAAGAUGGAGGAAGAAGGGAUUGUACGGCCCGUUGCUACUGGCCCGAGGUUGUAUCCUUAG